GGGGGGGGGGGGGGCACAGAGGCAGGCUUUUAUUCUUAGCAGCCAGAGUGAGAGGGAGAGACAUACAUACAGUCGCUGGAUCCCUGUGGCGGCAGAUGUAGAGAUGAGAAAGAAGGAAGAAAACCGAUUAGAGCAGAGCGGCGAAAGGCUGAGGAGUCAAACACAUCUGUCCACAUGAGGAUCGACAAUCAUUAAAGACCCAACAACCCAAUAAUUGCGUGAAGACCAAACGCAGAUCAAGCUGUUUAAUUUUUUUCAACUUUCAAGGAGGAAGGAAAAUAAAGGAAGGAAGGAAAAAUAGCAUUGCUUUUGACGUAUGAACAUUAUGGUGUUCAAGCUAAUGUGCAGUGAGCUUUGGUAUAUAAAGGUGUUGCUCCUAAUGUUUGGAAUCAGUGGUGGAUGGAGGAAGAUGAAACAUUUAAGGUGAGCACAUUGGUGAAGAAAGAUAAUGGAUUCAUCUUUAUUUUCCCAAAGGACAGUUGCACAUCGAUCAUUGGACUGGACCGUCACACCUACCCGGCACUGCCAAGGACUGUCAAGCUCUGUAUUUAACAGUAUUUGUGGGUGUCUUUGUGUAUAUUUAUGGCAAUAAGACAAACUGGGGGUAGAAAAGAACCAAUCAAGACUUUUUGUCUUACAAUGAAACACCCAUCUGGUGUGGCUACAGCUUCCUAUCUCUGUCCUCUAUUGGCUUUCCUAUGUGCUGUCUACCAGAGUUGUGGGACCCAGGCCAAUGUGAGACUUCACUCUAACCCUAAACCUAAUCUCCACUCAAAUUCAAGGUUCAAAUCACUGACUGAACCAACUUUAAUCCCAGGAGGCCAACACCUCUACAAACAUCUGGGCUCAAUCUCAAGUCAAAACUCGUGGGUUAAAUCUAGACCUGACACUAUAUCUUACCCUACUGACAGGUCAAUGUCAAACUUUCAAGCCACAACAAUUUCAAAUUCUAAGAUAAAAUUGCAGCAUAAAUCUAACCAGAGUUCUAAUUCAAGCCAGCAGGUAGGAUACAGAUCAACUUUGAGUCAGGUGGCAAGAAAUACCUCAAAGCAGUCCUCCAGGAUCAGCCUCCAAACCAAUACCAAACCACUGUUUGGCUUUCUGUCUUAUCCAACAGCCAGCAGAGUUAAGAUAGUGAGAAGACCAGAGGCAGUCCUUAACAAGUUGCCUUUACUGUCCAUGCCUGAUCAAAAAUCGAGUCCCAACACCUACUAUAAUACCACUCCAGCUCCACAGUCAAAUGCUAAGUCACGUUCCAAACCUCAACCUUCUUUGCAAAUAAGUUCAAAUGCCAAAGCCAAUUCCAUUACACCCAUGAGAGCUGAGAUGAACCAGACCCAGUUGUUGGACUCAGACAAGGAUUCCUUCCAUCAACCUAAGAGAGGCUGGAUCUGGAACCAGUUCUUCGUUCUAGAGGAACACAUUGGACCUGAACCUCAAUAUGUUGGAAAGCUCCACUCUAAUUCUGACAAAGGCGAUGGCUCUGUGCGCUACAUCCUGUCUGGUGAUGGGGCUGGGUCUGUCUUCAAGAUUGAUGAGUCAACUGGUGCCAUCCACACCACAGAGAGCCUGGACCGCGAAACCAAGUCCCAAUACGUCCUGCACGCAUCGGCCAUUGACCGAAAAACAAACCGCUCGAUGGAAGUAGAGUCAGAGUUCAUCAUCAAAGUCCAGGAUGUUAAUGACAAUGCCCCAACAUUCCCUGAUGGUCCAUUCUUCGCCACUGUACCUGAGAUGUCUGACAUUGGAACAUCAGUUUUCCAGGUGACAGCCUCAGAUGCUGAUGAUCCUAUCUAUGGAAACAGUGCCAAGAUAGUUUACAGCAUUUUGGAGGGAGAAUCCUUCUUUUCCGUCGAUCCCAAGACAGGUGUUAUUCGUACAGCAUUGUCUAACAUGGACCGAGAGACCAGGGACCGUUAUACUGUGGUGAUCCAGGCCAAAGACAUGGUUGGGUCGGUUGGAGGUCUUUCUGGAUCCACUACGGUCAACAUAACUCUCACGGAUGUUAAUGACAACCCUCCAAGGUUUCCACAGAAGAGCUAUCACCUUUAUGUUCCGGAGCUGGCUCCAGUGGGGAGAGCAGUGGGUCGAGUCAGAGCCACUGAUGAAGACGAAGGGCAGAAUGCUGACAUGACCUACAGCAUCACAAAUGCAGACGCCGCCGCCCUCUUCACCAUAACUUUAGACGCUGACUGCAGGGAGGGAAUAAUUUCUCUCAAACAGCCUCUGAAUUAUGAGAAGAGGAAGGUUCACACACUGAACAUUGAAGGCUCCAACACUCACGUGGAUCAGCGCUUCUUCCACCUGGGGCCAUUCAGGGAUUCCACUUCGCUGCGAGUUAUUGUUGGGGAUGUGGACGAGCCACCUGUGUUUUCCAUGGACUACUACAUUAUGGACGUGUAUGAAAAUUCACCAUUUGGGACCCUGGUUGGAAGUGUAACUGCCUUGGACCCUGAUAGCACCGACAGCGCUGUCAGGUACUUCAUAGAAAAUGAAGAGGAAAAACCUUUGUAUUUCAGCAUUGGUGUGAAUGACGGAAUCAUUAGAACUACCCGGGUUCUGGACCGGGAGGAGACAGCGUGGCACAACAUCACUGUGAUGGCUGCAGAGGUUGAUAACCCACGCAUGGUGAGUCAAGUCCCAGUCACAGUUCAAGUGUUAGACGUCAACGACAACUCUCCAACCAUCUCUGGAGCCAACAAGGUCAUCACCGUGUGUGAGAGCAUCAAACAUGGACAGGUGAUUCAGACCAUUCAAGCAGUAGAUUUGGACAACUUUGCAAAUGGGAAGUUCUCUUUCUCUGUUCCUACUAAGCAUCAAGCCAAUGCGAAUUUCACCAUGAGAGAUAAUGGAGAUAACACUGCCAGUAUAUUAGCUCAUCGACGUGAAAAUGUGAGUCAGGACAGAGAGCAGCUGCUCAGUCUGGUGAUUGUUGUGGCUGACGGUGGGGAACCUCCUCUCAGCAGCACGGUUACACUCUCCCUAAGGCUGUGUGUGUGUCAGAGGGACUCCAGGGGGCGCAGCAGCAACAAUGUUUGUGAGGCUCAGGCCUUUCUGUCCUCAGCGGGCCUCAGUGUGGGGGCCUUCAUCGCCAUCCUCCUAUGUACUGUCAUAUUAGUAGCCACAGUGAUGCUGUUCAUGCAGCUGCGAAAUAGGAAGGUGAGUAAAGAGGCUUUGAUUCUUUCUGAGGAGGACAUUCGAGAGAACGUGGUGACCUAUGAUGACGAAGGAGGUGGGGAGGAGGACACUGAGGCCUUUGACAUAGCUGCUCUACGAAAUCCCAAAGCGUCUGGCUGCGAACACGCACUAUACGAGGACGAGGAUGACGUGGAGGAUGAUGAGGGUGAGGUUGUUGUGGUAAGGAGGAAGAAAGCCUGGGAGGUGGACUACAGAGACUACAGCCCAGAGUGUGGACCCGCCUGGUUUGUCAUCAACUGCUUACCUCCAGAGAUGGGCCAGUCUGCGCCUCCACUUCUGCUGGACAGCUAUGAUGAGAUUCAGCAGCUGAUGGAGCAGAAGCUGUCUGAGGCGGACUCUGACACACGGGGUCCACCUUAUGACUCUUUGCAAACAUACGCCUAUGAAGGCUGCGGCUCGCUGGCGGGGUCUGUCAGCUCUCUGGGCCUGACUGUGGCAGAGCCUGAACUAAACUAUAGCAACUGGGCGCUGGAAGGAACAGUUAGGGUCCAGACUAACCCGGACACCUUGUAAUUCUGUACAACUUAUAUGUCUUAUUUUUACUUAUCGCCAGGUUUGCCAAAGAAAGUUUCUAUUUCUAGGAUAGAAACAAAAUGCAAAAAGUUGGUGAUCAGAAACUGUGAUACUGUGAAAGAAGAAAACACAAGAGACGCAGAACGACAGAAGAGCACACAGGCAUACAGGUAUCUGGCCUUUAUGGGGAAAAAGGUUCCUGUUACAAAAGGUCCAGUCAAGGAUCCCAGCAAUGAAAAACAAAUACUGAAUGAAUAUUGGAAAGAAAGAGUUUUAUGGAUUUAUUAUCCGUGAGUGUGUUGGAUGUGACGUGAAGGUUUGCUAAGACCCUCUCUCACUCUAAGGCUCCCAAUCAUAAACGUGACAGGAUCUGUCUUCAUUCAUUCCCUUUUAUUGCUGUUCACCUAGAACACAGUUGGUCCAUUUGCAACUAUUCUGGUCAUAACCACACCCCUGCACAGC